CGCUAGUGGUGUCAUGGCUGCUCAGAAGAUCAAUGAGGCGCUGGAGCACCUAGCUAAAGCAGAAAAAUGCUUGAAGACAAGUUUUUUGAAGUGGAAACCUGAUUAUGACAGUGCAGCCUCUGAAUAUUCAAAGGCAGCGGUUGCCUUUAAAAAUGCCAAGCAAUAUGAUCAAGCAAGAGAAGCCUUUUUAAAAGAAGCUGAAUCGUAUGAAAACAACAAAGCACUUUUCCAUGCUGCUAAAGCUUAUGAACAAGCUGGAAUGAUGCUAAAGGAGAUGCAAAAACUCCCAGAAGCAGUCCAGCUGAUAGAAAAAGCCAGCAUGAUGUAUCUGGAGAAUGGAACUCCCGACACGGCUGCUAUGGCACUGGAGCGGGCUGGGAAACUAAUAGAGCUUGUGAACCUGGAAAAGGCAGUUCAACUCUAUCAACAAUCUGCAUCUGUUUUUGAGAAUGAAGAACGGUUACGUCAGGCUGUGGAACUUUUAGGGAAGGCAUCAAGACUUCUAGUAAGAGCUCGCAGAUUAGAUGAAGCUGUAGCAUCUAUUCAGAAGGAAAAGAAUAUGUAUAAAGAAAUAGAGAAUUAUCCAACUUGUUAUAAGAAAACUAUUGCUCAGGUGUUAGUGCAUCUUCAUAGGAAUGACUUUGUUGCUGCUGAGAAAUGUGUCAGAGAAAGCUACAGUAUACCUGGAUUCAGUGGGAGUGAGGACUGCGUUGCUUUGGAACAGCUUUUGGAAGGAUAUGAUCAACAGGACCUGGACCAAGUGUCUGAAGUUUGCAAUUCCCCUCUUUUUAAAUACAUGGAUAAUGAUUAUGCAAAACUUGCUUUGAGCCUUGCUGUUCCUGGUGGUGGAAACAAAAAGAAGUCUUCUGCACCUCCAUCGGUCACAGAAACAAGGCAAGCUCAAGGUGGGGCUCAAGCUGCGGAAGAGGAUGAUGAAUAUUCAGGCGGCCUGUGUUAACUUCAACCUAUUGCUUCAAAAAUGUGUUUACAGCAUCAAGUACACCAUAUAUAAGGAAGUUGGACUCCUGUGCGAUGCUAUUCAGGAGCACAAGUGAUCAUUUGGGAAAAAAAUAUGCUGUUCCACACAUUCUGUUUGUUGCUGAUACCAUUAUGUAACCAAGCAAACCGCCUGGAUCGAUACUGUGUCGAGGGUCAGCACAUAACUCCGCCCAUGUAUUAACUAAGAAAAGAUUUUUGGACAUAACAUCAUUUUAUUAAAUUAUUUCAUCCUAAA